AGAGAGAGAGAGAGAGAGAGAGAGAGAGUGUGAGGCGGUGGAGGGAGCUGGAUUAGGACAUGAGAGGAAUCUUGGUCAGCUGAAGGUAGGUGAAAUUUAUAGCAACUUUCUAAAUAAAAUACAUGAGGGACAGAUAGCUAACAUUCCAUAUAAAACAAUAAAAUCACAAAGAAACGACCCUAAGUGGAUGACAGACAGAUUAAAGCAAUGCAGAGGGUAAAAGAGGAAUGCAUAUAAGAAGCUAAAGGCAGAUGAGACUUUAAGGCUACUAUACCAUGAAUUUUACUUCGCCAUGUCACCCUCUGUGGAGUGGAGCUUCCCCAUGAGAUACGCUUUGUCACGUCAUGCAGUCAGUGGCUUACACGCCGUCGUGCUGGGCAGAUGUUCGUUGUGCGGGAACUUGUUUUGGUGUUUUCCCCUUUUCAGGUAAGGCCACGUCACCCGUUACGUGGGGACAGUGCCUUCUAUCCAUUAUCCAAUCCUUGGAGCGGGUAGAGCCAUACAAGUGGCUAUAUUCUUAUUGUGUGGCAGAUGUACCGAGCUUACAUCACAGGGUGACGGCCAUGUCUUCUUCUGGAGAGGAGUCUGCUGGGCCUUCCUUGGGCUCUCCCGUGGGUUCCAGGACCAGCAGGGACGCCCAUAGUCAGGUUAGGGGAGGUUGUUCCGUCAGCAGUCUCCCCCAGCCUGGAAGUUUGCAGGAGGCUAACCACUCGCCAGGCCAUGGGUCGCAUGGGUCUGCAGGGGUAAACAAGCUCUCCACUUCGCCACACUUACCUACCUCACAGGGGGCCGCUCCUUGGGAAGUGGUUUUGACAGCCCUUGCAGAGUUAAGGGAUGAGGUGAACAAGUUGAAAAGGGACAGACUGCCGCCCACACCCACGCCAUGCAGGGUGAAUGAGGGAGCAAGUACCUCUCAAGGUAUGCAGCACAAUGGUUCACCUGUUCACAAUUUCACUGGAUUCCCUGAUCCUAUCUGUGAAGCUAGUGUUCUCACUGAGCAGAACUUUAGUGACAGUGUGUUAAUGCAUAAUGCUAAGGUAUUUGGGCCUCUGGAUACGGUCUCUGAGGACAUUGACCAACAGGUGGCAGAAAUGGUGAACUUUCUGUUUACCAACGAAAUGUGGGAUGAAGAUUACAAGCAUAUUUGUGAAGAUGAUAUUACUAAGGGGCUGAAGAAUUGCCACGCCCUUGCUCCAGUGGUUUGCAAUCCAGAGGUUUUAGAUGCACUUAGGAGUGAUGCAAAAAAGACAGAUCACCGGUUACAGGAUGUUAGCAAGGACAUUCUGCGGGCAGCUACAAUUGUUACGAAGUUUCUUCUGGCACUGGAUAAGGUUGCUCAAGACUCAGACCUGCCAGAGGUAGCUCGAGAAGUGGGCGUACUUAACGGAGCUUUGGCCUUGUUGGGUAACGCUAAUUACAAGAACAACUUGGCAAGGCAGUUCGCCAUGAAACGCAAGGUCAACCACAAGUACGCACACCUUUGUUCCAGCAAGGUGCCAGUUACUUGUUUCCUAUUUGGUGAUGAUGUGUCUCAGUCUGCCAAGCAAAUUGAAGACUCUGAAAAAUUGACGAACAAGUUCAUUGCCAAGAAGCUCACCUCUACGUGGUCUUUCAUGGGGACUAGAUCAAGAGGUUACUGGGGUUCGUCUUUGCACAGGAGUUUCUCCAGGUACCAGCCGUAUGGUCUGCUGCGGCACAGGGCUAAAGGUGCUCAGCAGCACAACACUCCACGCCAGGACUCCAUUUCAAAAAACGCCAGGAGCAGGGCCCAGCACCGACAGUAGAGGCAAGUAAGGUUUUUGAGGCAGGCAGGCUUCACUAUUUUAUUAAUGAAUGGCAUAAAAUUACCAAUGACCCUGCCGUUUUGGAUAUUGUUACUGGUGGUCACCUGGAGCCGUACUUAUAAAACUCCACAAAGAUGCUGUCUUAGUUAGGAAAAGUACUUAAACUAUGAGACUUAAGCGCUAAGAAUCUUUCCUAGCAGGAUGCUUUGUUAAGUAACCGUCUUUAGGCGCUUACAUCGCUAACCGCUAACAUGAGCAGACGUUAUGUAAUGUUUUUUGAGGAAUUUCGCAAGAAACGGGUGAAAAUACGUAAAAAUUAUAUUCUACAUAAAAAAAAUAUUUAUGUAGUUAGUUUUCAACAAUCACCUCUUCAUUUUAACCUUGAUAAUUGAAAGUAUAAAUUUACCACCACUGUUGUCAUCUUGUCAAAACAACAAUUAUUUGGCGCCAACUUCGACUGCACACCAUGGCUACUCAAGAGACUCAAGACAAGAAGAGGAACAGGAAGACGAACUGGACGCCUUCAUCUGGCCCACCUAUAUAAAAUUCUCGCAAAAAUACUCCGGAGCGACUUCUCCACAGCUGGCUGCUCUAAGGAAGCCAGAAAUGCUACUUGGAGGAGCAAUAGUGCGGAGGUGUCUGCCGUGUCAGACAUUCUCCGCACUGAGGAGUGCCAGAAACAUUGGCAUAUUAUAAAAUCUGAGGCAAGACGGAACACCCGCAAGCAGAGAGAAGCCAUGACUGCCACAGAUGGUGGACCUCCUGCCAACCCUCCUCUCUCCCAGCACAAUGAGUUAAUCUUUGAGAUUUUGGACCCUAAGAAUGUCUCUAUUCAUGGGUGUACCAAUAAGGCAAGCAUCAUUGAAUGCACCUUCCUUAACAAAGGAUAAGCCACUUGUAGAUAUAGCAAUAUUAGGCCAUAAUGUUGUCUCAAAUACCUGCAAUCCAAAAUACUCGUUCCCAUUUAGUUUACAACUUAGAGUUAAACACAAUGGUAAAUUUGUUAUCUAGUGUUGAGAAAAUUUAAUUUUUUUUUUUUUUUAAUUAACCAAACAGCUAAAACAGUAAUAAGAAAAGGAAAAAAAAAAUAAUAAAUGGUGGUGUAGUGGGUGAAUGUGUUAAUGAUAACGAGUCUUAGGGAUUUACAGUUUCUUAGACAUGGGCUUCCUUCAAACAGAAUAGGAUUUAAGUCAAACACAUUGUACCCUUAGCUAGAUUUACUGGUUUCUGUUACUUUUGUCCUUAGCAAUAAAACCAAAAACAUUAUCAGCUUAGUUUCUGAAGUUAGAACUAAUGAUGCCAGCAGUGUGCAGGCAGCAGAUGAUGCUGGGAAAGUGGCAGAGGCAGCCCAACAGAGAGAAGUGGUGACCGAGACAGUGGGUGUUGAGGAGGAGGCACCUGCCACACCACUUGCAGCACCAACAGGGGCCAGACUUGCCUGGUACAUCACUGGUGUUUGUGGAUGAGGAGGAGAUCAUCCACCUGCAGAAGAAAAGGAAGCUUGAGCUUGCACUCCUUGAAGAAUCUAUGAUGGCUCAGGAAAGGAAGCAAGAAGCAGAACAGGCUAAGUACAUGUACUACUCACAAAAAUUAGAGUACCAGAAAGAAACAAAUAAAAAAUAGUAAUAAAGAUAUAAAUAAUGUACUUUUUGUUUUUGUUUGUAACCACUCAACCAAAUAUUAGUGUUAACACAAAAUUAAUUGCAGUUUCUAUAUGCUCAACCUACAAUCUACUUACUUCAGGUAUGGGAGAGAAAGACAGAGAAAA